GACCACGUCAACCGAUAUGAGCUGGACAGUGAGGCGUCGUGUCGUCAUCGUGACGUCGGCAGAAGGUGAACAAUCUACAACAAGUCUGAAAUGGAGGGCUAACAUCAAUACGAUCAUCGACCACGUGAUGAAUAUUCACGGUAGAGUCCAUUAAGCUCCAGGGCAGAGUGCAUGGCAUUUAAAGAACUGUCUACCGGCGUCGACAACGCGGAAACGCUCGGUGUCCGGGGAAUUUCAGGGACGAUCACGGCACAGUGACUUCUCCCGACUGAUAAUCAUCAGUGCGGACAUUAUUCCCCCAACCCCGCAGUUUCACAGAACCGUGGGCACGGUGAUUUCGGGACGCGGGACUCGCUAUCCGGGUACGAUAAGUGUGGCACGAUUUUAAGUUGAGUGAACCUACAUGAGCCUUUAUCAUCAGACCAUUGAUUUCUGUGUUGUAAGGAUGUUAGGAAUUGUGCAACGGAGAAAUCGUGCGUGCUCGCCGUGUUUGGAGAAGUAGAUAAGGUCAUUCGUAUAAACUGGACCAUUCGGAGCUACACGCUGCCAAGGGUAUGACAACCACGUGGACGGCCAAUGCUAUGACUUCACAUGUGCUUUCGAAAGAGUGGUGUUACCAGGUUCGUCUUGACAAGGACUUGUCAGGUUAGGAACCCUGACGUCAACGAACACUAUGAGAUUAUCAUAAUGUGUAUUUAUUUGGAUGAUGGCUCACAGACUGGUCCCACGAUAAGCGGAAUGACAAGAGAACCUUCACCAGAAAUUGUAUUUGACUUUAUUGUGAAUGUGACGUUCCUGUCACAUCAACCGUAAGUACCUACAUCACUGUGGGAAACAUUGUAAGCCACGUUACAUGCGCAAUCUCCCUGUGGAUGCGGAGUUUAUUGGCUCACAUCGUAUUACUGUAGCAUGACGGAUUGCCAAUAGUCGCAGCUUCCCUACUCGUUCAUUUGACGGAUAAUGCCAACUCAUGUGAUAUAACCUAGACUGCACUUGCUUAGAGCAAGUCGGUAGCCAGCUACCGUCUUUGUAAAACAUAAUUUUCUAGUGAGAUAGCCAUCACUUAGCCACAUACCGGUACGUAUAUAUUGGUGGCAGAUUAGGAGCGGAUAGUUUUCUUCUUGUCCAUUCGUAACUUUACCGCUCUCAUGAAGGACUAUCCAAUAUCCGUCGUGCCAGCGGUGACGAUCGUCAAAAUGACUUCGAAACCCGAACGCGUUUUGGGGGAGACGGCGCUGAUUCAAACCGACGGCAAUGCAUUAUUAAAAGCCGCCUGGUUGGGGAGACUACGACUGAUGCGUCUCCUAAUCGAAGGCGGGACAGACGUGAAUAAGACAAAUGAUGAGGGACGCACAGCACUCAUGGUGGCUUGUCUGAGCAGUUAUAAAGAUACCCAAAGUACUACCAAGUCCAAGAUUGUCAAGUUCCUCCUAGAGAACAAAUCCGAUCCCAAUGUUCAGGACCGAUAUGGAAGGACUGCCUUGAUGUAUGCCUGUUUGGAGCGCGCUGGGACAGAGGUAGUCUCUGCCUUGCUGAACUGCGACUCCGACGUCCGGAUUGUGGAUAAGAAGGGUUCGUCGGCCCUGGUCUAUGCCGUCAACGCUGGAGAGCCAGGCGUCCUGAGGUUGUUGGUAGAUGCUUGCAAAGCGCAGGGAAAAGAGGUCAUUAUUAUCACUACCAAUAAAGGCUUGGGGUCUAGCGAACCGGAGACUAAGCAGUAUUUGGACGUACCUCCAACGUUACCACAAAGCCCACCGUUUUGCAAGUGCAUCACGCCUUCAGAGAUUUACUUCGGCCGAGAUUCCUCUUCGACUUUGCAGUCACCGCGUAAAGCGACGCAGCCCAUAUCAAGAAAAGCUCGAGACGACUCACCUGUCAAUGUACCAAGCGAGCUUUGUGUUCCGGGCCUAGAACGAGCCAGAUCUCUUGACGGCUCUGAAACCGAGGAAGGGGCGCCUUCCCGAACGCAGUCGCCACGGAACCGUCUAACACCGAAAGAGCCACCAGAUAACCAAACCUCCACCUCCACUCUGUUCAAUCAUCGGCAAAUCCAAAGUAUAAACUCUUCAACUCCAGCCGAUGACGGAAAAGCUUCUUCCCCAAGUCAUGAGAAAUUCACGUCUAGAGGGAGUUCGCCUUCGUUGUCAUCGAUUAAGAGUCUUGGAGACCUUCAUCUCCAAUUCCAGGAUCUCCGGGAUCGGACACCCAGCCCGCCGCAGUAUCAGCAGCAACCACCUCAUCCGCGAAGGCUACUCCGCCGACAGAGUGCAGAAGCCUUCAACACCUCUUCCCUGCAAGGACUUAGAUCACCUGACUUCAUCCCUCCCCUGACGGCAAAACAGCAGCUAGCCGCCACUAAUUCUAAUCCUCUAGAAGAGCGCGUCGAAACGACCAAGAACAUAUUGCCCAUGACUGCCAUUCUUGCAAACCGGCGGCGGUCGCUCCCCGGUAUGCCACCGCCGCUUCGCAAGAGCCAAACCGUCCAUUCCAUCACUAUCCCCUCGGAGCUGUCAUGCAGCCAGCAACAGCUAUCGACAACCUCAUCCUACGCAGCAACGAGCUGCCCUAAACUCCAAGGUAGUCAGUGCGAUCUCCUGGAGGAAACUGAACACAGUGAGGAUGAAAAUAAUUCUGGAAAUGAGGACUGCGACACCAACGGCUUGGCAGGUUCGGAUAGGGGCAACCUUCCACGGGAAGGACUCGCGGACGCACCGGCGAGUCUGAUCGCUAGGCAUCGUAGGCAGUGCUUUAAGCAGAGAAGGGGCUCUGCACCGUUCGUCUUGGACGAUGAACUGGCACACACCAGGCCCGGGAGACUACCUCCUCUCAAGGUGAACCCUAGUGUGCCUCUACCAGACAUCGGCUGCAUCCGGGAUCCAGCGAUUCGGUCAGGACCCUCCAGCCCCUGCAGGAGCUUGAAACUGGACCGCAGACACUCCAUGCAGCCAGAAGAUCUGCGCUCUCUCACAUCCUUUGCAUCAAGGAGUAGAAGUAAUCUUCGAAAUAGCAGGAGCCACAGCUCUGAGUCCACCGAAAGUAACUGAUGUACCGUAGGUGAUCGCAAAUGAGAAAUAGCCGUACAUGUGAACAAGGCGGGCCAAACACUGUGUACCUAUAUUCCACACUCAAAUCAGUCUUUUCUAUGGCAUCAGAUCACCGUAUGCAUGCGGAAAAAGUCCAAUCUCGAAACACUGUCUUGUUCCUCUUUUCAACAGAUACACUAAAUCUAAUGGAGCUGGUCCCGUCCUUGUUCAUAUGUAUUCAAUUCUGAAACCAAGUAGAACUACAAAGUCGGAAAAAUUGGUCCGAAAUACAGAGUCACAGGCGCGGUUCU